GUUAAGAAUAAAGAAUAUUGUUCGAUCGAGGUAUUUCAGAAUUUAAUCGAUUACCUCAUUUCAUGUACAAACAUGGCGGACACGAGCUCUCUACUCACCGUUGGUGGUGACAGAACAACAGGCCAGUCUGUUCGAACACAAAAUGUCAUGGCAGCAUCCUCCAUUGCCAACAUUGUUAAAAGUAGUCUUGGACCAGUUGGGCUUGACAAGAUGCUGGUGGAUGAUGUUGGGGAUGUGACUAUAACAAAUGAUGGUGCAACAAUAUUGAAGUUGCUUGAAGUAGAACAUCCAGCAGCCAAAGUGUUGGUAGAGCUUGCUGAUUUACAGGACCAAGAGGUUGGAGAUGGUACAACAUCAGUUGUAAUUAUUGCUGCUGAACUUCUGAAGAAUGCAGAUGAACUUGUGAAGCAAAAAAUACACCCUACAUCUAUUAUAAGUGGCUACAGACUUGCUUGCAAGGAAGCAUGUAAAUAUAUCCAGGAGCAUUUGACAUGUAAUGUUGAUGACCUUGGGAAGGAGAGUAUUAUUAACGCAGCCAAGACGAGUAUGUCAAGUAAAAUCAUAGGACCGUAUCCUUUUGAAUAG